AUGUCCUUGGGUCAUUCCUAUUCCUCUUCAACUUGCAAUGCAUGCAGAAGAAAGCAUUUCCGUUCUGCUUCGAGCUCUCAAGGAGAUGGAGGUUGGAACAAGAAAGAUGCAUCGCUGAUCUGCCAUUGUGGAGAGAAGAGUGUGUUGAGGACUGCAAAAACGACGAAGAAUCGAGGGAAAUUGUUCUGGAGUUGCCCUGGGUAUAAGAUGAGGAGUGAAAAUGGAGGAUGCAACUUCUUCAAGUGGUUUACUGAUUGGGGAGUUGAAGAAAGUGUUAGAUGUGAGGUGUUGGAAGCAACUGAUGAGAGAUUGGUGAAGACUUUUGAAAACCAAGGUGUUAAGCAAAGCUUUGAUGUGCAGAAAGCUGUUAUGGGUCUUCAAAGUUGGAUGAAAUAUUUGGUUGUGGUUGUUAGUGUUGUCUUUAUAAUGAACAUGAUUAUAAUUGCAAUGCUCAUGGGAAGGGUUUCAUAA